AUGCGAUCGAGUCGGACGGCGUUGCGCUGGUUCAACUCGUUGUGUCGAACGCGUUCGUUGUUCGCCGCGAGGCAUCGCCAAUGCGGCAGCACCACCACCACGAUGGCGGCGGCGGCGAGCACGAGUUUGGAGACGCCGCCAUUGGAUGUGCGCUUCGAGCGCGGCCUUCCGCUAUUGGAGGUGCCGUUGCCGUCGAGAAACGCGGUGUGCCAAUUCACGAUGAGGCCGCUCAGCGACACCGUCGGCAGUUUUUGCGAGUUCCUCAAACAGGAGGAUCGCGGCAUCGAUUAUGUCGCGAUUUAUGGCAAAAGCGGUGUGAAGUUGGCGACGUCGACGUCCAUCGAGCAUUUGUUGCAGUUCGGCGCCUUCCGUCUUCGAAUCAAUGACAAAUUCUUCGAGGUGAACGUGCCGGAGACCGGCGACAACAUUUUCAGUAGCGAUAGGCUCCGCCAACUCGACGAUCUUCGAGCCACCGUGGCGACACUUCACGCGGCGCUCUGCGUCGACGAGUACAAAUUGUCGCGCGAGAGGAACCUGUUGGUGAAGCUCGAAAACGCCGAGACACUCCUGAAGCCGCUCCACGAGGAGAAGCAGUGCAUCGAGAAGGAGUGCGAGGAGCACGCCGAACGCGUCAUGUGGGCGGGAUUCGCGGCGAUGGGCGUGCAGACGGGAUUGUUCGCGCGGCUCACCUGGUGGGAGUACUCGUGGGACAUCAUGGAGCCGGUCACCUAUUUUGCCACCUACUCGACGGUCGUCGCCACGUUUGGCUACUAUUUAUACACAAAACAGAAUUUCGAGUACCCGACGGCUCGCGAGCGCGUCUACACCAAACAAUUCUAUCGUCGAGCGCUGAAGCGCGGCUUCGACAUUGAGAAGUACAAUCGGCUGGUGACGGAAGUCGAAGAGUUGCGCGCACAACUCCAUCGCAUUCGCGACCCGCUAUUCCAGCAUCUGCCUGUCAGCUAUUUGUCGAAACUCGAACAGUAA